AUGGUUGCCCCUUGUCCAACUUCCAUGAUGAUAGGAACAAAGAAAACAAAGGGUAUGGGAAUUCCAACAAUCGACCUGUCAAUGGAAAGGUCAAAGUUAUCGGAACUAGUGGUGAAAGCCUGCGAGGAAUAUGGUUUCUUCAAGGUGGUGAACCACAGUGUGGCAAAAGAGGUCAUUUCAAGGUUGGAAGAAGAGGGAACAGAGUUUUUCUCCAAAACCUCUUCAGAGAAACGCCGAGCUGGCCCUGCCAACCCUUUUGGCUAUGGUUGCAAAAACAUUGGUCCCAAUGGAGAUAUGGGUGACCUUGAAUAUCUCCUCCUUCAUACCAAUCCUCUUUCCAUCUCUGAGAGAUCCAAAACCAUAGCAAACGACGACCCUACUAAGUUCAGGAGCGCUGUGAAUGAUUAUAUAGAAGCAACUAAAGAACUAGCAUGUGAGAUUCUUGAUCUAGUAGAGGAGGGUUUGUGGGUCCAAGACAAAUUCUCACUGAGCAAGCUCAUCAAAGACGUCCAUAGUGACUCACUCCUGAGGAUCAAUCACUACCCUCCCGUGAGCCUAAAGGGCCACAACAAGAAUUGGGACCCGUCCAAACUAGAGCCACAUCAACUCCAGAGCGAUAAAAGUAAUAAUAACAUUGGCUUUGGGGAGCAUUCUGACCCUCAGAUCUUGACCAUCUUGCGGUCCAACAACGUGGGGGGCCUUCAAAUUUCCACUCACGACGGGUUGUGGAUCCCUGUCCCCCCUGACCCCAAUCAAUUCUUCGUCAUGGUUGGCGAUGCCCUCCAGGUUAUGACAAAUGGAAGGUUUGUGAGCGUGAGACACCGAGCAUUGACCAACACAACCAAGGCCAGAAUGUCAAUGAUGUACUUUGCAGCACCACCGCUGAAUUGGUGGAUCACUCCAAUGCCAAAGAUGGUGACACCCCACAAUCCAAGUCUUUAUAAGCCCUUCACGUGGGCCCAAUACAAGCAAGCAGCAUACUCUCUAAGAUUGGGAGACUCUCGUCUUGAUCUCUUCAAGAUCCAACGACAACAAGAUAGUCAUCUCGCACCUACUUCUCCCUGA